AUGAAGAUAGACUGGGACGCAAGACUUCCAGUAGACAUUCGGCAAAGAUGGGGUCAAUUUUAUGAGGAGCUUGAGCGAGUAAAAGCAUUAUCCAUUCCCAGAAAGGCUAUACCUGGACGUACCAAUAUCAUAGAUGUACAUGGAUUUUGUGACGCCUCCGAGGAAGCGUAUGGCGCCUGUAUCUACAUUCGUUCCCAGAGUAGUGAUGGGAAAUGGCAUUCCAGGCUUCUAUGUGCAAAAACCCGAGUAGCCCCGUUAAAGGGAAGCACAAUCCCGCGGCUUCAGUUGAACGGUGCAUUGUUAUUAGCUGAGCUGGCUCAACGGGUUUCUGAGUCAUGGCAAAUCAACGUUCAUCAGUUCAAACUAUGGACGGACUCAACAAUAGUACUAGGAUGGUUGAACAGCCAAAGCAGCCGGCUAAAAACAUACGUUGCCCAUCGAGUAGCAUAA